GCAAAUUACAACACCAUGAAAAUCAACAGCAGCAUCACCAGGGAGGUUUCGGCGGACCAGGGGGACCUCAACAUUAUGGUGGACCAGGUGGGGGUGGAUUCAGUGGCGGAUUUGGGGGGCCAGGUGGUGAACAAAGACAUUAUGGAGGCGGGGGCUUUGGAGGUCAACAAGGUGGAUUUGGAGGACCUGGAGAGCAUCAUGGCGGGGGUGGAUUCGGUGGCCCACAAGGUAGCUUUGAGGGCCCUGGAGGUGGAGGACCCGGAGGCAAUCAAGGUGGAGGGGGAUUUCGUGGACGAGGCGGACCAGGGGGGCCAGGAGGACAAGAAGGUCCUGGAGGAAGAUGGUAAAAGUAUUGGAACGCAGUGAUAUCCCAGAUUACAUUUCCAUGUAUCGCGGUCUCACUUCCCUCCAAUCACGCCAAUGAAGAGACAACUUGAGAUCAACGCCUUA